UCCUCCAUUAUGAUACAUAUGCUGUCCUGUCUUUUGUAUGAAAUGUGCCAAUACCAUGGUGAGGGUGCAUCAGAACUAUGUAGAGAAGAAAAAGGAUCUGUGUCAAAACUACUGGCUGUGUUACACCGUCACACUACUGAUCCUGUAAACUGCUUAGACCAACAUGUCCAACGGUCUCCAGACAGAGUGGCUUUGAUCUGGGAGAAAGAUGAGCCUGGCACUGAAGUGAAAAUCACAUACAGGGAACUUCUGGACACGACCUGCCGUCUUGCCAACACACUGAAGAAAUAUGGAAUACACAAAGGGGACAGGGUGGCAAUCUAUAUGCCUGUGACGCCACUGGCUGUGGCUGCCAUGUUGGCUUGUGCCAGAAUUGGUGCUAUUCAUACAGUUGUCUUUGCUGGAUUCAGUGCAGAGUCUUUAGCUGGGAGGAUCAUUGACUCUGGCUGCAAAGCUGUCAUUACCUACAACCAGGGAGUCAGGGGAGGACGAGUUGUAGAGCUGAAGAAGACUGUGGAUGAAGCUGUAAAGAACUGUCCCGGUGUCAAGCAUGUCUUCGUGGCUCAGAGGACAGACAACAAGGUCCAUAUGGAUGAUCGUGAUAUUCCUCUUGAAGAAGAGAUGGCCAAGGAGGCCCCUGUGUGUGCUCCUGAAAGCAUGGACAGCGAAGACAUGCUCUUCAUGCUUUAUACCUCAGGGAGCACGGGCAAACCCAAAGGGAUUGUUCACACGCAGGCUGGGUACCUGCUUUAUGCUGCUGUGACACACCAGCAUGUGUUUGACUACCAGCAAGGUGACGUCUUUGGCUGUGUGGCUGACAUCGGCUGGAUCACGGGACAUAGCUAUGUUGUAUAUGGACCACUCUGUAAUGGGGGAACCUCUGUCCUCUUUGAGAGCACUCCAUUGUAUCCUGACCCAGGUCGUUAUUGGGAAACUGUACAGAGAUUAAAAAUUAAUCAGUUUUAUGGUGCGCCAACUGCUAUACGACUUCUGCUGAAGUAUGGAGAUAAGUGGGUGAAGACGUAUGACAGAUCUUCCUUAAAAACCCUGGGAUCAGUGGGAGAACCAAUUAACCAUGAAGCGUGGCAAUGGUUCUACCGUGUAGUGGGAGACAGCCGGUGCACCCUUGUUGACACCUGGUGGCAAACAGAAACAGGAGGCGUGUGCAUUGCUCCCCGGCCCUCGGAGGAAGGAGCUGAGGUCAUUCCGGCGAUGGCUAUGAGGCCGUUCUUUGGGAUUGUUCCGGCGCUGAUGGAUGAGAACGGAAAAGUUAUCGAGGGGAACGAUGUCUCUGGUGCUCUGUGCAUCGCACAGCCCUGGCCUGGCCUGGCGAGAACCAUCUAUGGAGAUGAUCAGAGAUUUAUAGACGCUUACUUCAAAAAGUACCCAGGCUAUUAUUUCACCGGGGAUGGUGCCUAUAGAUCCCCAGAAGGGUAUUACCAGAUAACAGGGCGGAUGGAUGAUGUCAUAAAUAUCAGCGGUCACAGGCUUGGAACGGCAGAGAUCGAAGAUGCCAUGGAUGAACAUCCAGCUGUGCCUGAAACAGCUGUGGUUGGUUACCCCCAUGAGAUCAAAGGAGAAGGUGCCUUUGCUUUCAUCGUGUUAAAGGAGGACACCGUUCAGACCGAAAAUGUUAAAGAAGAGCUCAAAUCUAUCGUUGCUUCCAAGAUUGCCAAGUAUGCAGUGCCCGAUCACGUUCUGCUUGCAGGCAGUCUCUGUCGUAAGAUGUAAAUGAAACCGUUUCAAAGAUGAGGGACCAGUCCUCCUAAAGAGAGUCACUCACUGCACACUCUCGAGGCUUCGCUCUAUUCUGUGAAGACCCAGCGCCAAGCUCCACUGAAGUCAUUAGGGGGGUCAUAAGGAGACCCUGUGACUUGGCUUGCGGCAUUGGCCUUCCAGUGUACUGCUGUUUCCUUGGAAUGUGGGAGGGUAUGAAGCUCCCAUAGGCCUUUCUCUUCUUGAGAUUGUUCCUCAUGCAAGGUGGCCACAUAAGAACUAGAGAUAUGCAACCGAUUUGGCUGUUGGUCGAACUGAACGAUGGCUUCACUAAUGAAGAACAAAAACAAAGGUUUUAGAAUCUUCCAAACAUCUUAUUGGCCAAUGUUAUCUCAUGAAAUUGUAUUUUUCAGAUCACAUUAGCUUUCGCUGCAGCUAAUAUAGCAUCUUGAGUGACCUUUACACUCUUUUUUAACUGAAGGGCUAACAGGAAGGUUUAAAAAGGGAAAUAAGAUUUUGCAUUGACUGCAAAGUCUCCUUCUCUGUUGUCAGUCUUGGAGUGAACCAAAUGUUUUUUGCACAGAUGUGUACGUGUCUAACCUGCACAUUUUUACUUCACUUGUUCCCAACUCUGAGUUUUAACCAUGUUGCCUUUUUUCUCCUCUUUGGAUAGACACAUUUGUUAAAUACUGUGGGCAUAGGCCAUGAGGCUCUUAAUUUUAUUUAAGACUUUUUAAGACUUCUUUGUAGAUGUUGGCUAUAUCUAUGGAACAUAUUAACUUCUAUUGUUUCCUUGUAAUGACAUGGUUUAAGUAAAAAAAUAUUUUUGAUCGAGGUCCAAAUCCUCAAUACCUGUGAAGGUCUGGGCCCAAGUGCCUUAAAAGUAAACUGGAGUAAUUUCUGUUCUCAGAUUUUCAUUAAAAGAAAUCCUUGUCCCUAUAUAAAGUGUCUUCUUUUCAGUGUCAGGUAUAGCUGACACCUUAGCUGCACCUUAGCCUAGCCGUACACUGCCUGUCCCUUAAGGGUUUUGAGCUAUGGGUUUAUUCAGCUCCUAAAACUCAAAUCUGCCUUUACUGAUUAUUGUGAUCUGUUUACACAUGGUUUACUUUUCAGAAGCAAAGGAAUUUUCUAGAUCAAGGUGAGUUAAAUCUCACUCUUCAAUUCAAACACAAUGCCAAAAUUGUUUGGGUUUACUUCUCACUGGACAAUAACCCACUAGGGAGCACUGCAAUUGCACAGGAAAACCUCCACCACAAAACAGAGCCACAGAAGGAGGGAGUUCUGGGUUGCACUGUGUAUUUCUUCCUAAUGAAAAACAAACUGGAUUGUUUCAACUGUGGCUCCUUGGGCAGAUACAACCC